AUUAUAACACUUGAGUCCCUGCAGGAUCUUUGUUUAUGCAACAUCCCAUAUUAAUGCUUAAUGUUAAUGCUUACUUAUUGCAAGUUGUACAGCCCUCAUAAUUUCCUUGUGUUUUCUCUACAUGUGGAUUACCUUUGCUGAUAUCUGUUUGUCAGAAUGUCAACUACAGCUCAACAGUGGCAGCAGCUGCACAGAACCUUAUUACAGUGCUCACUCAGAACCUUUCUCAGGGACAGCACCAGCCAGCACAAGGAGGAAGGCAGGAACAGAGACCUUCCUCUGUAGAUCAGGAGAUGGCAAGGUUUUAGAUAAUAUAGAUUUUUUAAGCUGUUUUAACUGCAUUUUGACAAGUUUGUGUUAUAAUUUGCUAUGCUACCAUUUUUACUCAUUUUCCUCACUACAUUCAGAUCUUUCCCAGGGAUUUUUGGAAAGAAAAGUUAUCUUGGAAAACGAAAGAUGCAUAAUCCAAAGAUCCAUGGUCCACCAUCUUCAAAGACAUGGAAGCCUUUCAGUUUCUAUGUCUAUCUGUUGAAUUGUAAUACAGAAACAACACCAUCCUCCUCUGAGGAGUUUGAGCUUGCCCAGGCAGGACUGGGUAAAAGACAUCUCACAAUGUCCAGGGACAUGAGUCAUGAAGAGUUCUUUGGACUUCUUCAAAAUGAGUAUCCUAAGAUGUAUGGUCUAACUGGAGGAUGGCUGCUCUACAAAGCCACAGGUGGACAGGGUAAAAGGAAACUGACACUGGUCCCUCCUGAUUCUGAAGGAUACACCGGGACACUUUUACGUAGUGUGACUGGGGCUGGGAAAAACUUACUGUAUAUAGUUCCUUUACAACAAGAAUUUGACCUUACGCCAUUACCUCCGGAUGCAGUGGAAUUCAAAAACAUGCCCAAAGCACAAUGCCAAACAUGCAAAGUGAAUUUGCCUUUGCAAAUUUUGGCUCUUCAUGUGCAGGACUGCACAGAGUCAGAGUCUUCAGCUGAGGGUACUGAGGCUUGUCAAAGCAAGGUCCAAAUAGUUUCUGUGACACAUCCUCCAGAGAAAACUCACACAGAGGAAUCGGAUGAAGAGAAGCUUCCAUGUCCCAUCUGUAACUUGAAAUUUGCAACACACUUCCUCGAAAUCCAUGCAAGCACAUGUGGAGAAAGAUGCAAAGAUGAUCUCACAAUGGAUGAGAUGGGAAACAAAGGAGAUGAGGAGCAUAUUAAAAGUAUUGAUGAUGUAUUGAAUACCAUUUGGGAAAGAGUUGAUGUGGAGAAAGAGUUCAACAUCCACAUUUCAAGAACAAACAUUCUGGAGAGAGGUCUUCUGCAGUGGCAGCGUCAAAAGACAAAUACACCAACUGCUACGUUGAAGGUGUCCUUCUUUGGGGAAGCAGGAGUAGACACUGGUGCACUUCGAAAAGAAUUUCUCACAGAAAUGGUGGCCAGAAUUGAGACUCGUUUCUUUGAGGGACCACCACACCAGAAAAGUCCACGCUACUCACUGACUGACUUUGACAGUGGACUCUUCAGGACUGUUGGAGAGAUUUUAACAGUUAGUUUGGCACAAGGAGGUCCUGCCCCUGCGUUUUUCAGCCCAUGGGUUUACAGUUACUUCUGUAAUGGGCAGAUCAACCCAAUGCUUCUCGGCAAGAACACAGUGGCAGAUUCACAGCUGCGUUCACUGAUUGACCAGGUGGAAUCCUCAACUGAACAGUCAGUUGAGGGUCUGACCGAUGAGAUUUUAAACUGUGGAUUCACAGGAGCCAUCUCAGUUCAAAACAAGGAGCUGAUUGUCCGAGCCAUUACACUCCAUGCCGUGCUUAGAUUGCAGCCAAUGCUGGAACAACUUAGGGAAGGUUUGCAGCUGUAUGGCCUUCUUGAGCUGAUUAAGCAGCACCCAGAUACCUGCCAGCCUCUCUUUGUCCAAGGGGAAGAUGUUAAAGUUAAUGCAGAGUUUGUCAUGGCAUCCAUUCACCCUCAGCUGAGUGAAAAGGGAACCACCAGGCAUCAAGUUGAGCUGGAGAUGCUUAAUUUCAUCCAAGACUUUCUUUACGAAUCAGAAGCAGAAAGUCCAGAGCAUCUAGGUGAUGAAGGUGGCCCAAGAUCUGUUACACCUGCCAGGUUUCUGCAGUGGAUCACUGGUCAGGGUCAUAUUCCACUCCUUCCCUCAGAAAAAAAAGACUUUGCUGUGGUGAUCAAGUUUAACCAUGACUGUGGUGCUGACUUUGGAAAGCACAGCAUCUGCUAUCCUGUUGUAUCUGCAUGUGCUAAGACCAUCGUGCUGCCUGUCAAACACAUGAAGUCCUAUGAUCAAUUUAAAGUGGUUCUAAUGGAUGCUUUUCAUCUUGGCCAGGAAUUUAACAAUGUUUAAAGUGUGACCAUUGUCUUCUCCUGUUUUGAGGUUUAACUCAAGCCAAACUGUUAUGCAAACAGCUGUUUUUAUCAAUUUCAUGUUCAAGUUAAAGAAACACUUACAUAAGUUGUAAAUUAAGUAAGUGAAGUACACAAAGAAUUUACAGUUUAAAAGUCAGUUUUACUUCAGAAAAAAAAAUGCUGUUUGGAAUAAGAUGGCUGUUUUCACCAAAAUUCCCAAGCUUUCAUUCUCCAUGUUUCAACAAAUAAACAUAGUACAACAACCUUCUCUGUGUUGAAAAGUCAAAUGUAUACUGAAUCCACCUAGGAAACCUGAUUUAUUACGAAGCUCAAUACAUCCAAAUAAAUGUCUCUGCCCUGUGAUUGAGAUGGUCUUGUGACAUCAAU